UUCACGUGUUUGUUGUCAAUUUUGUUUUGUUCAGCAAGUGUUUUGUGUUUUCAUCCAUCCGGCUUUUUGUGUUUCUGUGAGCCUCCUACUUGUUCCCACAAAUAAUUCAACCUAAUUUAUUAAAGGAUCAUGACGAAAUCCACGGCUAUAGAGAUGCCGAAAAUUCAGCUCGGAGACUACAUUGUAAUCCAGCGUCAAAAAUACACGAAACUGCAGAAGUUCGGCAGUCUGGAUGCCACUUCCAUGCUGGGAAAGGAGCAACUGGAGUUGCGAGCUCUAUUGGACCAGCCAUAUAGUGCUACUUUUAAAAUGUGUCCCAAGGAGACUACACCAUCCUCGCAGCGUGGUCAACGCAACCAGCGUCUACACACCUUGGAAUUGUGCAAUGAAUUGGAACUGCGUGAUAUCCGCGAAAGUUUGGGUAUUUCGGCGAGUGGUGUUGAUAACCGCAACAUAAUUGACGAUGGCGACUCCCAAGCUUUGCGUCCAGAAGAUAUUGAACAGUUGCGUGAAGAACACAGUGAAUCCAAAAAGAUUAUUGAGAAAAUAGUUGAAAACUCGAAGACAUUUCACUCGAAAACGGAGUACUCACAGGAAAAGUAUUUGCGAAAAAAGGAGAAAAAAUACUUUGAAUUUGUGCAGAUACGCCGACCAACAUUGCGGCUUAUCACCGAAAUUUACUAUCGACAGGAUGCUGACAAAGUGAUGGGCAUGCGAUUAGAUACACUCUCACAGCUAAUUUCCUAUUCGGGUGUUAGCGCGUAUGGCAAUUAUUUGUUAUAUGAAAGUGGCACAAACGGCCUACUGCCAGCCAGCUUUCUAAAUUCAAUUGGUGCUGACACUGAAGCGACACUGGUGCAUAUGCAUCCCGGCAAUGUGCCACAAAAGCAGGCCAUGUUGGCGCUGAAUUUACCACAUGAGCAGCUUCAGCGCUGCAUCUCUGUAAAUCUGUAUUCGGUGCUGCGCGAGUACUACCAAGGAGAAGAACAGGAGCUGCCAGAAGCUGCUGCGGAACCAGGCACUCCCGCCGAGGAAACAGAACCUAGCAGUAAGAAGCAGAAGUUAUGUGAAGGGGAGGAGGGUUCGUUGACGGUUUCAUCUACAAGUAGCGAGGGUAAAGGCGAAAUCACAGCGACGAACAAAUCAGAAGCAACUAGUACAGCGGCGCCUGUACAGAAAUGGCAAGUGGAAAAUCAGCGCGCUUGCGAGCUUAUUCGUGCCAAAUUCGAUUCGCUGGUGAUUGCUGCAAAAGAACAUCCUAGCAAUAUCGUGCAAGCUUUAUUACCGUUUGUAAAACCAUCUCGACCAAUUGUCUUGUACAGCCAAAGUAAGGAGCUAUUAAUGGAUUUAUACGUGGAGUUGAAAAGCUGCUCGAAUGUGACCAAUUUGCAUUUGACUUCAAAUUGGCUGCGCUAUUAUCAAAUACUACCCAAUCGCACGCAUCCGGAAGUCAACAUGAAUGGUAAUAGCGGUUAUCUACUGACCGGUUAUACUAUAGCUUAGUAUAUUUUAGUAGUUAUUUUAUGCACAUUUAAUAAAUUUCUGACGUGUAUA